AUGGAGUGUGGAAAAAGCUUCAGCCAACAUGGUAAUCUUACUUCCCAUAAAAGAAUCCACACAGGGGAGAAGCCGUUUAAAUGCAUGGAGUGUGGAAAGACCUUUACUUAUAAAAGUCAACUUGCUUCCCAUAAAGCGAUCCAUACAGGAGAGAGGCCUUACAAAUGCAUGGAAUGUGGAAAGUGUUUUAAUCAUAGCAGUAAACUUGCUUCCCAUAAAAGAAUCCACACAGGAGAGAAACCAUAUAAAUGCAUGGAGUGUGGAAAGGGCUUCAGCCAACACAGUCUUCUUACAUCCCAUAAAAGGAUCCACACAGGAGAGAAGCCAUAUAAAUGCAUGGAGUGUGGAAAAAGCUUCAGCCAACAUGGUACUCUUACUACCCAUAAAAGAAUCCACACAAGGGAGAAGCCAUAUAAAUGCGUGGAGUGUGGAAAAGGCUUCAGUGGACUCGGUGUUCUUAAAGCUCAUAAAAGAAUCCACACAAGGGAUUCAUCCUUUCUGAAACAUAAGAAGAUUCAUACAGGGGAUAAACCAUAUAAAUGCAUGGAGUGUGGAAAGGGCUUCAGCCAACAUGAACACACAAGGGAGAAGCCAUUUAAAUGCAUGGAAUGUGGAAAGGGCUUUA